AUGUCGAGUGGAAGCCGUUCCCGAUUGCAAUCCAAAAAACGAAUAGUACCCGCAGAGAACAGAAAGAGAGCUCCCUUCUCUUGCGAUCGCUGCAAACUUCGAAAGACGAAAUGCAGACGACUGCAGGAUAACGAUUUGAAGUACGAUAAUAUUACACCCUGUGUACAAUGCACCAAAGCGGGUGUAUCUUGCACAACAACAAUUCCUCGGAAGAGGCGAUUCUAUGGGCCAAUAGAAAAUAUCACACUGCAUUAUAAGUGCUUGCUGGCUCUUGUUUCAGGGCUCUUUCCGGACAAGGACAUUUAUAGCAUCGAGGAGUUAAUGGAGCUAGGGAAAUCAUUCAAAUUUGAAAUGCCUACCGACGACAAUAUUCUAGACGAUAUUCAGAACAUUCAAGAACUAAAUGAUACCAACAUGCAAGACGUGGCUGAAAUUAAGAAGGAAGAAAUAGACUCGGCCAUCCCCGAGGAAGCAAAAGUUGAGAAUGAGGGUGAUGACGAAGACAACGACUCGGAAAAUAAUACAGACAAACAGAUCGAUAUAAUAGACGAUGAUUCAUCGGGGCAAAAGCAAACGCCCCGGCUUCCGCCAAACAUAAACUUAAAGGCCACAGCUUAUGAUCGAGACCGACUAAUCAUGGAUCGCUUUGGCCACACGCACUUUAUCGGUAACUUCGGAACUGCAUCAUUAUUGAAUGGGCUUUGUGAUAUAAUCAUCAAAAGGUCUUUCAGCGUGAAGCCACCUGUCUCGACCCAGGAUAUUCGAAAUAGUUCAGUCCAAACAAUCACAUCUGAAAAUGAACCCGUUUACCAGUAUCCAACACAUCUAUAUAACUUGGAUACUAUAAACAUAAAUCGCUUCCCUCUAAUCAACUUGCUGAAGAGAAAGGAGGCCGACGUCUACAAGAAUGUUUUCUUCGAGAAAGUACAUCCAUACUAUUUCAUAUUCAACAUACUAAAGUUUGAUGAGAAGUAUGAAAUCUUUUGGCAAGAGAUAGCCAAAACAGAUGUGAAAACAGACGAGCCAUUUCCGAUGAAGAUUGGGAGCGCCGAGAUAUGCUGUAUUUACAUGGUCUGGAUUCUUGGCAGACGAUUUCAGCUGUACACAAAUCCGCAAGACCUUCCUGCUGACUCUGAAUUGAAUGAUGAUCUGAUAGGACGUUACAUUGAUAUCAUCAAAUUGUCUCUUUCAGACAUCGUUUUAACGCCAACUCUAGAUGGAAUCCGAUUGCUGAUUUUAUUAUCCGUUUAUCUAUCUAGCAUCAAAGUGCGCGAGAGUGGAUACUGCUUGAUGCAAAUGGCAGCGAUACAAUGUAAGAGUUUGGGAUUGCACAGGAAAUUUAUUGUCGAUAAGUUCAAUGAUGAAAAAGCAGAUGAAAUGAAGCGUAUCAUGUGGUCUUUGACCAAGAGUGAAACCACUCUAUGCUGUUCAUUUGGAAGAGCCAGCGCAAUCCCUUGGGAAGAAGUGGAUGUUGAGCUACCAACCAUGUCAGAUGUCGAUAACGAGCUCUUUAAAAUUUACUAUGUUCAGAGUUGCAAGCUGACGAAGAUCAUUUUUCAAAUUCUUGAUAACAAACGCAAAUCCUCUAGGGAGCCGCUGUCUCUAGUCAGCAUCGAAAAGCUGCUUCUUUUCCAAAAACACUUACACAAGUUUUGGGAUCGCCUGCCAGAAGAUUGGAAAGAUUACAAAUCCCUCCCUGUUCGCCGUUACAAACCUAAGCUCCAUAUUCAAUUUCAUUACUACUUCAUCACAUUGACGUUACCCGUUUUCAUGCAUAUUGUGAGCACUCAGUCUUCCAUCAUCAAUCGUGAUGAUCCAAUACAAUCACUUCUUGUGAAUGGGAUCAAAUCCUCUUUCAAGACAGCAGAAAUUUUGACUUAUACUGACUCUAAUGGGUUUUUCAACGGAACACUGUAUUAUGAUGUGUUUUAUUCUUAUAACGCUAUCAUGGUUCUCACAUUAACUUACAUCUUAUUCAAAAGUCCAAAGGGGAAAGUGGCGAAAAGCAUCCUUGAUCUUGACUACCUGGACAAGGAGCAUGACAUUAACUUCUCCAGUCUCAUGAAAGCGAUAAACCUGAUAAGAAAUCUUAUUUUGAAUAAUUUGCAUCAGAUUGACGGGACGAUGAGAAGAAUAAGCGAUAUCAUUGAGACAUUGUUGGAGGAUCUAGGAAUAAUUCAGAUCCUGGUCAAGGAAUUCAAUGCACGCCCUAGUAAUGUACGCAAAAUAGAGGGGAGAAAAGAAGGAGGCAGCACAAGUGUCAAUGGGGGGAUUAUACCCGGUUAUUAUCGCAAGCUGCGUAUGAAUGAUAAAACUAAAGCCAAAAAGCGUCGCCUGGACAAAACUGUGGAGGAGAUCACCUUCUCGCCCGCUUCUCCUCGCCCACUACAGGCGGCAGAAGACCAGCCGAGCCUCCCAUACUCCUCAAUAUUCGAUUUCCCAAAAUCCCGAAGCGCAUCUUCAACCAACAUUGCAGGCCAGAUAUCCAACUUUGAGAUCCCUGUCUAUGAUGAUUUCAGACGAGAGCAGCAACCCGGAAGCUCAAGAUCACCGACCCCUGCGGAUCUAAAUGUGAAUGAAGCAUUAAACUCCAUUCUUGACACAGAGCUUAUGGAGGUUUUGUUUGGUGCUGAUAUGGCAGUGGCGAAUCCUAGAGCUACUAGCGAUGACUCGUAA